AUGGAGAGGAACACUACAUACUUCAGCAACUUCAUGGAUGGCUCUCUGCUGGAGAACAUCAAGCCAUGGGAUGGGGAGCUCAACGAGACUGUCCUCCACACCCGAGAUGAAGAACUUGCUAAGGCUGAGAUUGGGGUUCUGGCUGCUAUCCUGGUGGUGACUGUGAUGGGAAACCUGGGUGUCCUUCUUGCCAUGUAUCGCCUUCGGAAGAAAAUGAGUCGGAUGCACCUUUUCAUCCUCCACCUGGGCUUGACGGACCUUGGGGUGGCCCUCUUUCAAGUGUUUCCCCAGAUGAUUUGGGAAAUUUCCUAUCGUUUCCAGGGUCCUGAUCCACUCUGCAGGGUUGUCAAGUACCUGCAGGUGUUAAGCAUGUUUGCCUCCACAUACAUGCUCAUUGCUAUGACACUGGAUCGCUACAUGGCUGUGUGCCACCCACUGCGUACUCUACAGCAGCCAACCUGUCAGGCAUAUCUGAUGAUUGGAGUCACUUGGCUACUAAGCUGCUUGCUUAGCAUACCUCAGUUCUUUAUCUUCUCAGUAAGGGAGAUCCGCCAAGGUUCUGGUGUGCUGGACUGCUGGGCAGACUUCAAAUACCCUUGGGGUGCAAAGCUGUACAUUACAUGGAUGACUUUGUCUGUCUUUGUGCUGCCUGUGGUCAUCCUCUCCGUUUGUUACGGCCUCAUCUGUCAUAAGAUCUGCAAGAAUCUUAGAGGAAAGACCCAAAGGUGUGGUCCCUCUGCAGUGGAUGCUAUUUCAUACACAGCCAGUGACCAGAAUGGAGCAGAAGGGUGCCACUCGGGCUCCUGGGUUAGCAGCGUGCGUACCAUCUCCCGUGCCAAGAUCCGCACCGUAAAAAUGACUUUUGUCAUAGUGGUGGCUUAUGUUGCCUGUUGGGCACCUUUCUUCAGUGUACAGAUGUGGUCAGUGUGGGAUAAGAAUGCACCAAAUGACGAGUCAAGCGAUGUGACUUUCACCAUCACCAUGUUGCUGGCCAGCCUCAGCAGUUGCUGUAAUCCCUGGAUUUACAUGUUUUUCAGUGGGCACCUCUUUUACGAUGUCCUCCGCUUCUUCUCUUGCUGCGGGAGUCUUCGUCCCAAUCUCAAGGGGCAGCUGUCCAGUGGGAGCCUCUGCAGCCACAAAACUACCAUCCUGAGCCACAGCCCCCAGAGCACCCCGGCUUCAAAUGCUGCUGGGAUCCAGAUGCAACUUGGAAACACGAAAGGGUUCUGCCAGCCAUAUGAAGACGCAGCAAUUGAUUCAGGGACACUUUAA